AUGGCGGCGUGGCAGCAGGAGUUGUGGAGGAGGCAGCGGGCUCACCUGGCCGCUCACGAGGAGGACGCGACGACGCUCUUCGUGCGGGCGCCGCUCACGGCCGUAGCCCAGCACCACAGCCACGGCGUGGCCACAACUACCACUACCACCACGCAAGCGGCCAAGCGUCUCCGUUCGCCGCGCUACAACAGCGGCCCGGCCAGUAACAAGCUGCGGCGGAGCGACCAGGACGACCACAUCAGCGCCGCCACCAAGAACGACAACAAGAAGAAGGAGAAGAAGGAAAAGAAGAACGAGAAGGGCAAGGAGAAGCUCCAUCAAGUAGUGGUUGUGGACGAAGCAGAGGAAGCUAUUGUCGACGAAAACGAGACCACCACUCCCACGAGAAGCAAGAAGAAGCGAUCGUCGUCGUUCAAGCGGGCGGUAGAGAAGAUCAAGCACAUGACGACCAGUCGACACGAAGAGGAGGAAGAAGAGUCAGAAGCGGAAGAGACAGGAGAGGACAGCAGUGCGCUGCGACCACCCCAGACCCAGCACAACCUCGCCGCCACUCUCGGCGUGUUCGACCUGGGGGCAAACCAGGUCAACGCUCUGGCCUGGUACCAACGACUGUCGGCCGCCGCACGACCGCAACGCGCGAGCUGA